AUGGCGACUCUAGCAGAACCCCCUACGGUCAUGUCAUCAUCAACCUCGCCGAUGCCGACCGUGUACGAACAGGACAUUGACAGCUUCAUCAACCUCGAUCAACUCACCUACACAUCCGCCGAACCGGCUCGACCAAAAGCCAUCCUGGCAAGCCAGCCUUCUCUCCCCAGCUCAGAUUUCACCGCCAGCGAUGUCCGCAGUGCGACAUUCGCUGCCAAUGGUCACUCACCUAUGACUUUCCAAGGGCCUAGCCACCAAUAUGAGGAACACAAGCAGCAGACUGGUCUGCCACCAGGAGCUCUAGCCCAGGCAAUGAACUUCAAUCAGAUGGCCGGCGUCACUUUCGGUAACGCGAGCCCUGCUUACCAGAUGAAUGGCGACAUGUUCGCUAGCAGCCACAUGAAGCGGGAAGAAACUUCGUUCGAUUUCAACAACAUGUCUUCUCGUAACCCGUCUGAAAUGGACCUGGAGUCUGACGGCAUGGGCGCGGUUCCUUACUAUCUCUCACCCAAUGUCAAUAAGAAUCAAUUCAUUGAUCCCAAUGCUCUUGGAGGUCAUGAAGUCGUUCCUGCCGGGCCAUCCACUCAGGUCGGCCGCAUGUAUCCGGGAAUGCACCAACAACAAGCAGCCAUGGCAAAGGCGGCUCAGCAACAGCAGCAACAACAACAACAGAAACAACAUGAGAUACUUCGUCAGCAGCAACAGCAGCAGCAAUUCCAGCAGCAGCAGCAACAGCCACAGCAACAGCAGAGCCAGCCCCCUCGCGCCACGAACCCUGCCGUGGAGGAGCGGAUUACGCGCCUUUUGCAGCAGAUGAGACAGAACGCUAUGGGCGCUAUCGAGGACACACCAUCGCCCUCUUCGUCCUUACCCCAAAUGGCAAAGAUGAAGAAGGAUGAGCAGGAUAUGGACGAAGAUGAAAGGUUACUUGCUAGUGAAGAAGGAAAGAAACUCAGUAGCAAGGAACGUCGGCAACUACGCAACAAGGUUUCAGCACGCGCUUUCCGAUCGCGCAGAAAGGAAUAUAUCGGCCAACUUGAGUCAGAGGUCGCUGCACGGACCAAUGAAGCCCACGAACUACGUCUUCAGAAUCGUGUUCUGUACGAGGAAAAUGCUCGCCUCACCGACCUUGCUCGCAUGCUUCUCUCCUCCCCUCAUUUCUCUCAGUUCCUGGACGAGAUGAGCGUCAAUGGCGUCCCCGCGCCCAAUCUACCUCAAUCUCAAACCCAGGUCUCUCAAUCCCAGCCACAGCAGCAGCAGCAGCAACAGCAACAGCAACAGAUUAAACCUCAGUCUCAACCACAACCCAUGGGGCAGCCGCCCAUGCAAGCUAGCAUCGUCAGAGAUGCCACUCCUAAUCACGGUAUCCCAGUCCCUCAGAACCCUCAGGUUGGCAUGGUCAUGGUUCCUAAUCAACCGAUGGAUGUUUCUGCAAUGAGUCUAAACAAUGGCGCCUGGAACACCGGAAUUGACAUGAGCUAUGGCAACACUCCUGUGUUUGCUGUCCUGGAGGUUCCCGAGGGUCCCGCACUCGACGCAGAGAUGCUCUCUGGAAAGAGCUCGACUUUGUUCAGAACAUGUCUGCCAGAAGUAUCUUCUGCAAAGGAUGAGAUCCCCAUGAUCGAGCGGCCGCCAAAUACAGAGGAGGAGACGAAUGAUUCUCCUGUCGGUGUCGAGAACCCAGAUAUUCAGCUUGACGAGUCCGACCCUGCUUUCGCCCUCUUCGCCGACUCCCCCGCCAAGGCCUCGUCGUCAGACUCCCCUGUGGACUUUCCUUGCACCAUCCGAUCUGAAAAGUCAACGCCUGCAUUUGAGCUGGUGGUCGAGAAUGAGUCCAAGGCCACUGCAGACCGCUUUGUCGUUCUUUGCAACAGUAUGGAGGCAGCCUUCCAGCGCGUCUCUGUGAUGACCUCCCAUCUUUCAUGA